UUCUCUCGAACUCUUCAACACACACAGAGGAGAGAGAGAGACAAGAGAGAGAAACAAGAGAGAGAGAGAGAGUUAUUCAGUAUUCACAACAUAUAUACCUGUUCGUUUGAAGUUUUGCUGCACCACCUUCAUCAAUAUUUUCUCGGUGCAUUUCGAUAGAAAGAUGUGAUUCCAUUUUCACUUCUUCUAGCCAAAACACGGGGUUAAGAAGAUAAAAAGUUGAAUCUUCAAUUUUUCCAGCACUGACCAGUUUUGGAAUGAGACUUGAACCCUGGAAACUAGUAAGCUUGUUAUAUGGAAAGCUAGUUUGUGAAAAAUGAAUGGAAAUAGACAAAUGGAAGUGCAUUACAUCGACACCGGUUUUCCUUACACCGCCACUGAGAGCUUCAUGGACUUCUUUGAAGGCCUUACACAUGUCCCUUUGAGCUAUGCUCAUAUCCCAGGUCCUGUUCACGAUCAGGAAAAUUUAUACUGGUCAAUGAACAUGAAUUCAUACAAAUUUGGAUUCUCUGGGCCUGAAAGUAGUACUUCUUACUAUGGUCCUUAUGAGGUAAAUGAUCAUUUGCCAAGAAUGGAUGUCAGCAGGAGAGCUUGGGAGUACCCUCCAAUGAUGACUACGGAAGAGGUUCCAGCCACGGAUCCACAACCUGGAGGGGACGCCGAUUGCGAUGCCAAUGUCGAUGUCGAUGCUGAUACAGAAGAUCACGCUACACCUGAAGAAUAUAGUCCAAAUGAUCAAAAUACGAAUACUUCCCAGGCCAUAUGGCAGGACAACAUAGAUCCUGAUAACAUGACCUACGAGGAAUUACUCGACUUGGGUGAGGCAGUUGGGACUCAAAGUCGAGGUCUUUCCGAGGAGCUUAUUAAUUCGCUUCCGACCUCGAAGUGCAAGUUUGGAAGCCUUUUCUCGAGAAAAAAAUCGGGAGAGAGAUGUGUUGUCUGCCAGAUGAGGUACAAAAGAGGGGAUAGGCAAACAAAAUUGCCAUGCAAGCAUGUAUACCAUAGUGAGUGCAUCAGAAAAUGGCUCAGCAUCAACAAGAUAUGCCCAGUUUGCAAUGUCGAGGUAUUUGGCAACGAAUUAAGGCAGUGAAGCAUCAAACAUUUGGGGAAAAAAAGCCCGGAAAUUCGAUUUUCUUUAUUUUUCUUUAUAUUUGGUUCCUUUUCUUUUUUACAUACAAUGGCUAGGUGAUGGGUAGAUAGCUUUUUCUUUUUUACUCCUGUUAAUUUGAAGUUCCAUUUCACUCUUUUAACAUCUUGUAAGUGAGCUCACGAGUUUCAGAUUA